GCUGUGGUGAUGUUGGUGAGAAUGGCUCCUCCCCUUCCUCUGAUCUUCCUACUCAUGAUUCACAUGGUUUCUAGUGCUGAUUGGGGUGUGAAUUACAGUUCUUUACACAUCUGUGCAGUAAAAGAUUCCUCAGUGAUAAUAAGCUGCACUUAUAAAUAUCCUACUGUACAUCAGUUGAUGAAAGUGUUCUGGACCAAAGACCCUGUAAAGGGAGCAGAGUUUCUAGAUCUGUCGGAGGAUCCUGAAUACAGUCAGAGGCUUCAGUAUCUGGGAGAUAAACAGCAGAACUGCACCGUCAGACUGAGUCAUGUGACAGAGAAAGAUAAACAUGAGUAUUACUUCAGAAUCAUUACAGAUGUAAGGGAAGAAAGAUGGAUUGGUAAACCAGGAGUGAUUCUCUCAGUCACAGAUCUUCAGCUGGAGUCUCCUGAGAGAGUGACAGAGGGAGAUUCAGUCCAUCUGACAUGUAGAAGCAGCUGUAAUCUGACUGACACACCAACAUUCAUCUGGUACAGAAACUCACACACAUUGACUAAAGAAAUGAUUGGAGACAAACUCAUCCUGGACCCAGUCAGAAGAGAAGACGCAGGCAGAUAUAGAUGUGCUGUACAUGGACACACACUCACAUCACCUGAGGUCUAUCUCAAUGUCACCUAUCCGCCAAGGAACGUCUCAGUGUCCACCAAUUAUUCUGGUCAGCUUUGGUUAAAUUCAGUGAGUCUGAUGUGCAUCAGUGACUCAAACCCUCCUGCUCUGAGCUUCAGCUGGUUUGAGGAGAAUCAAAGCUCAGCUGUUGGAUCUGGACAGAGUUUCAGUGCAGUACAGAGUGGACGCUUCUACUGUGAGGCUCACAAUCCACAUGGAGCUCAGAGAUCAGACGCCGUCACUGUCACUGUUAAAGGACCUCGAGAGCUAUUCUACAUCUGCUUUGGGGUGGUUUGUGGAGCUGCGGUUUUCAUCACAAUGGGGAUCAUUUGGGGAAUCAGGAGGAUGAAGGAGAGAAAAGCCAAACAACAGCUGGAUUGUUCCAGACGUCAGGAUGACAAGCGUAAAGCUUGUGAUGUUGAUCAGCCUGUGUAUGAGAAUGCAACGGCUCUUCAAAACGGCUCUGACCACUGUAAACCUGAACUGGACUCUUCUGUCUAUGAAAACCUUCCAAAUAACUAGAGGACACAUUGUAGCAUUCCAGAAGCACAGCAAACAUUUCGCCGCCUUUAUGAAUCUCUUUGUGUUUCAUUGCCUUUAGUGUGGGACUGUCAGUCAUUAAGGACAGGGCUUUUAGUCAUUUAGGGUGUCUCAUUUCUGCUCAGCCAUUCUCCAUUCAUCAGUCUUCCUUCAUUUUUGAUGGCCACAGCCAUAUCACCCUGCUACCCAAGAGCGGUUACUCUCUGCAGCUAAGCAGAGCUGAGCUUGGUUGUUCCUGGAUGUGAGGCCACAUGGGAACACUUGGUCGCUGUUGAAAGUGGUGUUAGUGAGGCCAGCAGGGGGCGUUCAACCUGCAAUUGGUGAGAGUCCUAAUACCCCAGUAUAGUGAAGGGGACACUACACUGUCAGUGGGUGCCAUCUUUCGGAUGAGACGUUAAACUGAGGUCCUGACUCUCUGUGCUCAAUCCCAUGGCACUUCUCAUAAAGAGUAGGGGUGUAACCCUCGUGUUCUGGCCAUAUUCCCUCUCUCGACCCUUAAUCAUCAUGGCCUCCCAAUCAUCCCUAUCUACUGAAUUGUCUGUAUCUCUGUCUUUCCACUCCCCCUAUAGCUGGUGUGUGGUGAGCGCACUGGUGCUGUUGUCCUGUGGCUGCUGUCGCAUCAUCCAAGUGGAUGCUGCACACUGGUGGUGGUGUGGAAAGAGCCCUCUCAUGAUCAUGAAGCGCUUUGGGUUUAUGGCCAUAUGUGAUAAAUGCGCUAUAUAAAUACACACAUUACAUUUACAAUGUCCAUCUUCCAACAAUCCAAUCGGUUCCCAAAGGACAAAAUCACACACCGGCCUACAUUUUUAUAAUUCCAGGACCAUUUCAAGAGGAAAUAUGUUUGAGAUGGAAGAAAAGAUCAGACGAUGGGACAGUUUUCAUUUUUUAUGCAGACUUUAACAAUCCACAAUCUCAAAGUAAACUCUUUUUUUUAUCUGCUUUAUGAAGUGUGAACUAAAAACAUUGCCUAUCACAAAUAACCUGUAACAAUGUUGACGUAAAUUUCACUUCUAUCUUAUACUGUGGGCAGAUUAAUUCUAGAAAUAAUGCUCUGUUUAUGUGUUAAGUACCUAAUAAAAAUGUAAAUUGGAAUGAA